AUUCCAGAAUCAGUCUCAAACAGAGUUUAACUUGAUACCAUGUGUGUCCAACAUGAAAUAAUCUGCCACAACAUUACUUGAAGGUCGAAACCACAAUUCUUAUCACGUGAUCGGCACAUGAAGGUAACUUGGACGGAAAAUGUUGGAAUUACGGAGAGGGUCUCGACCGUUGCAUCCAAAUUUGCUCAACAUUUGAAAAACAGCUGAUGACCGCCUUGGCCAGGAGAGUGUCCCAUGCAAUUUCCAAGGCUUUGGAGACCAAGCAGUGCCUCGUUGAAGGCCUCACCUCCUUCAAGCACCUCAAGCAUGCCCACGCUCGGCUGCUCCGCCUCGGCCUCGGCCAGGACAACUACCUUCUCAACUUGGUCUUGCGCUCCGCCUUCGAUUUUGGGCAGACCGACUACGCUCGUACCGUCUUUCACCAAAUCACAGAGCCCAACAUUUAUCUCUGGAACACCAUUAUCCGGGGAUUGGUUUCGAACGAAUGUUGGGAAGAUGCAGUCAGAUUCUACGGUUCAAUGCGGAACGAGGGGUUCUUCCCCGACAGCUACACUUUCCCUUUUGUUUUGAAGGCGUGUGCGAGGCGUUUGGACUUGCAAUUGGGGUUGAAGAUUCAUACGCUUGUGGUGAAGACGGGUUUUGACUUUGAUGUUUAUGUGAAAACUAGUCUGCUUUUCUUGUAUGCGAAGUGUGGGUAUAUGGAACAUGCGCGUAAGGUAUUCGAUGAUUUGCCUGAGAAGAAUGUUGUUUCUUGGACUGCCGUAGUUUCCGGGUAUAUUGGAGCUGGGAAGUAUAGGGAAGCUAUUGAUACAUUUCUGAGGUUGUUGGAGAUGGGUUUGAGGCCUGAUAGUCUAAGCCUUGUUCGGGCUUUAUCGGCGUGUAGUCAGUUAGGGGAUUUACGCAGUGGGGAGUGGAUAGAUAAUUACAUUACGGAGAUUGGGAUGGCGAGGAAUGUGUUUGUGGCUACCUCUUUGGUUGAUUUGUAUGCCAAGUGUGGUAACAUGGAGAAAGCGCGUCUUGUGUUUGAUGGAAUAGCUGAGAAGGAUAUAGUUGCUUGGAGUAGCAUGAUUCAGGGAUAUGCAUCGAAUGGGCUUCCUAAAGAAGCAGUAGACCUCUUCUUUCAAAUGCAGAAAGAGAACUUGAAACCAGAUUGUUAUGCCAUGGUAGGGGUGCUUUCUGCUUGUUCUAGAUUAGGAGCUCUAGAGCUAGGGGAGUGGGCUAGCAAUUUGGUGGACAGGAAUGAAAUUUUUAUGAACCCUGUUCUUGGUACAGCUCUGAUUGACAUGUAUGCGAAAUGUGGGAGCAUGGUCCAAGCUUGGGAAGUCUUUAAAGGGAUGAAGAAGAAAGACCAUGUGGUUUGGAAUGCAGCGAUGUCUGGAUUAGCUAUGAACGGACAUGUCAAAGCUGUGUUCGGACUAUUUGGACAAGUGGAGAAAUAUGGAUUUAGAGCUAAUGGGAACACUUUCAUGGGCUUGCUUUGUGGAUGUUCUCAUGCUGGUCUGGUUGAUGAGGGUCGUAGAUAUUUCAAUAACAUGACCAGGGUCUAUUCCUUGACACCUACGAUUGAGCAUUAUGGAUGUAUGGUAGACCUCCUUGGCCGUGCGGGUUUGUUGGAUGAAGCUUAUCAGUUGAUUGAAAGUAUGCCAAUGAAGGCGAACUCUGUUGUUUGGGGAGCGUUGUUGGGUGGAUGUAGGCUGCAUCGGGAUACUCAAUUGGCUGAACUGGCACUGAAACAACUCAUUGAGCUCGAACCAUGGAACUCAGCACAUUAUGUUCUCCUCUCAAAUGUUUACUCUGCAAGUCAGAAAUGGGAUGAGGCAGCCAACAUUAGAUCAAGAAUGAAUGAGCAAGGGCUGCAGAAAAUCCCAGGUUGCAGCUGGAUCGAAGUAAACGGGGUUGUUCACGAAUUCCUCGUGGGAGACAAGUCCCACGAGCUGUCCGACAAGAUAUACGCGAAACUCGACGAGCUGGCCAAGGAUCUAAAAGCAGCCGGUUAUGUUCCAACCACGGAUUUCGUGUUGUUCGACAUAGAAGAGGAAGAGAAGCAGCAUUUCCUCGGUUGUCACAGCGAGAAGCUCGCCAUUGCAUUUGCUCUCAUCGCCACUGCCCCCCAAGACACCAUUCGAGUUUCAAAGAACCUCCGCGUAUGCGGCGAUUGCCACCAGGCCAUAAAGCUCAUCUCCAAGAUCACAGGGAGAGAGAUCAUUGUUCGCGACAAUAACCGAUUCCAUCGGUUCCUUGAUGGUCAAUGUUCAUGUAAAGAUUAUUGGUAAAAUCUAAAAUACCAAGCGCAGUA